AUGGACUACCAACCAUUGGUCGUGAAGGCGCAUCCUCGCACAGCGUCCAAGAAACACAGCUCGGAAUCGCGGCAUUGGCGCCAGUUCAAGCACCCAGUCUUCGUCAAGGAGUAUGCCCCCGUUACUUCCAUCCAUUUUUCUCCUUCUCGUCCACACCGAUACGCGGUGACAGCCGCGACUCGCGUUCAGAUUUACGCCCCUCGGACGCAAAAAGUGACCAAGACAAUAUCCAGGUUCAAGGAAGUCGUGCGCAGUGCUUCAUUCCGAAACGAUGGAAAGCUCCUCGCUGCUGGAGAUGACUCGGGGCUCAUACAAGUCUUUGAUGUAAAUUCAAGAGCUAUCCUCCGGACCCUUGACUCGCACAAGCAGCCAGUACAUGUUGCCCGUUUCUCGCCCUUAGAGCCGACACAAGCACUGUCAUGUUCGGAUGAUACAACGGUCAAAAUAUGGGACGUCUCCUCCCAGACAGUUCUGAACACAUUUACCGAUCAUAGCGACUACGUUCGCACCGGCCAAGUAUCGCCAGUGAGCCCCUAUGUGAUCCUGACGGGUUCCUACGACUCGACAGUCCGACUCUACGAUACACGGUCGAAUGUGUGUGAAAUGGUGAUGGGCCAAAGCGAGCAAGGCAGCGUACACAACCCGAUAGAGCAGGUGUUGAUGUUUCCUUCGGGGACUGUCGCACUGUCUUCGUCUGGUCCAAUCCUUCGAGUCUGGGAUAUUGUUGCAGGUGGGCGAUGUAUACGUGCAUUGUCGAAUCACCAAAAGACAGUCACUUCACUUGCCUUCAACGCAAAUGCAAGCCGAUUGUUAACCGGAGGCCUGGAUCAUAUGGUCAAGGUCUACGAUAUUAGCACGUAUAAAGUUGUUCACACAAUGCGAUACCCUGCACCGCUGUUAUGUGUAUCAAUAUCACCAGAUGAAACACACAUAGCAGCAGGCAUGUCAGACGGCACACUAUCCGUCCGCAGGCGCCAGCUCAAGGUAUCCGAGCCAUCGGCCUCCGACCUUCUUACUUCCGCCGCAACACUUCGUCUUGUAAAGAACAAGACCAAACCCAAAGCUCUUGGUGACGAGGACGAGUUCCGAGUAGAGAGUAAACGGAGCAAGAGACUGAAAGAGUACGACAGACUGCUCAAGAAUUUCAAGUACUCUGCUGCUCUAGACUCCGUCUUGCGUAAACAAGUCCCCCCGGCCGUAACCUUUUCAUUGAUCCAAGAGCUUAUUGCUCGUGACGGUUUGCGAAGCGCUCUUUCUGGAAGGGACGAUGUACUCCUCGAACCAAUAUUGCGCUAUUUAAUCAAAUACGUGGCCGACCCUCGUUUCGGUCAGACCGUUUGUGACGUCGCAGCAUUCCUGAUAGACAUGUACAACCCAGUGUUGGGCCAAUCACCACUUAUGGAUACACUCUUCCUCCGGUUACAAAAGAAAGUCACUGCAGAAGUACGCUUCCAAAGGACGCUCCUGCAGACAAAAGGUGCUCUUGAUAUGCUUUUUGCGUCAACUGCACUCUCAGCAUCGGCUGGAAUUACUCCAUCACAAAAGUAA